AUGCUUCCGUCUGUCUUUUUCUUUCUUUCUUUCUUUCUUUCUUUCUUUCUUUCUUUCUUUCUUUCUAUCUAUCUAUCUAUCUAUCUAUCUAUCUAUCUCCUUCCCGCUGUUCCUUUCUAUCUAUCUAUUCAUCUAUUAUCUUCCCUCUGUUCCUAUCUAUCUAUCUAUCUAUCUAUCUAUCUAUCUAUCUAUCUAUCUAUCUAUCUAUCUAUCGCCCCUUCUCUGUUCCUUUCUAUCUUUCUAUUUAUCUAUCCAUCUAUCUUCUUCCCUUUGACCCUAUCUAUCUAUCUAUCUAUCUAUCUAUCUAUCUAUCUAUCUAUCUAUCUAUGUUUAUCUCUUCAUGUUUAUCUCAUCCUAUUCAUAUCUAUCUAUCUAUCUAUCUAUCUAUCUAUCUAUCUAUCUAUCUAUCUAUCUCCUUCUCUACAAUUUUUCUUUUCAGUGUCUUUUUUAAAGAAUUCUUUCUCUCUUUUUCAUUCUUCAUUUUCAUUGUUUUUCCUUCUUUUCUGUUUCCUUCUUUUUACACUUUCUCUCUUUCUAAAUGUUAGAUAUUUCUUCUUUUUUAUCUUUGUUUUUCCACUUUCUCACGUGUAA